UAGUUCGAUAUACCACGCCGGCGUAAAAUUGUGUGCUUUGGCAGUAGACUGUGUUCAGACAGCAACGGAUAUUCUGAAACAAGCAACCGAAGCGCAAAGUCCAUGAAGCGCUUUCUACUGGAUGGGUGGCGAUUCUGAUGCAUGCAUGCCCGUUAUGUGUCUUGUUUGGGGGCGCAAUACACGUUUUGCCCCGGGCACUGGGAACCUAAUGGGCUGGUGCGAGACUGCCUUGCUGGCCCAAUGGAAUCCUACAGAGUUUCUCAGCAAAAAUGAGUGAAAAGAAGACUCACUUCAAAACUUGCGCCAAAAAUACGCCGUUUUGCUUGAAGCGAGAACGUCUUGAGUUGACCGAAGGUCACAUUACAAUCCAAUCCAAGACUAAUCCAAUGUAGGACAAGUAUGGUGGCUUACGUCGCAGUCGUAGAACAUUUCUGAAGUUGUGAUGUUUUUCACGCACUGUAUAUUUUCUCUGGAGCUACUUUACCUCGUGCACUAUGUUCACGGCUUUCGAGACGCCACGUCGGACGUAUUCGGGAGCGAUAACUUAGGUGUCAUUUCUGCUUUUGGCGACCUCAACUCUGACAAACUGAUCGACAUAUUCAGGGUGUCACCAGACUUUCACACCUUGGAGUUUCUCGUCGCCAGUGGCACAAAGCCAUCGUUCGAAACCUCCCAAACCAAGUGCACCGUGUCCGGGAUUAUCACGAGUGUUAUGCCGGGUGAUUUCGACGGCGACUCAGUCAUGGACGUUCUAGUCACAAUCGCAACCGAAUCAACCAAGCCCAGCCCACCUGAACUUGAAGCCCGCAUUCUGUGGGGUCGGCUUCGUAUGGGAAUCGAUUGCACAAACACAACGCGGUUCACCGUAACCCACCAACCUUUAUUAUUUGAUUUCAACGCCAACAGAAUAGUAGACGUAUUGUCUGCCAAACCCGGAAACAAAAGCGUCCGAACCGUUUGGUCUUUUACUCCAUACCGUACCAUAAUCGAACACCAAUUGGUUAGUAAGGAAGGUAUGGCGAAACCCCAUUCCAAUUCGUACGUCGAUAUCAACGAAGAUAUGACAGCCGAUCUAGUGAUAACCGGAGAGACGGAGUUCGAAAUAUAUCUUUGGAGUGGAAACGGGUCAUUUUCGGAUCCGCGUCCACGAAGUUAUCCGAAGGACUCUGCCAUCCGAGGGCAGUCAGUGUUUGUGGAUGUAAACGCGGACGGAGAUCUGGAGCACAUCAUGCCGGUCUGUGUAGGUAAUACGGAUUGCAGACGCUCGGUAGUGUUGGCGUACAACAGCACCAGCUGGAUACCAUGGUUAGAAGACUUCAAAGAUUCUCAGAAUGAAACCUGGAGGUUCCAUCACGAGUCCGAUAAGGCCGGAUUGGAGGUCCCGGUGAUGCUACGAUCCGGUGAUGUGGAUAUGGACGGAUAUCCCGACUUCCUGGUUGUCCUCGAAGGUCGAGAUACUGUCUUGAAAAAGAAGGUGAGGCGCGUAAUCGUACUCUUGAACACUGACUGCUCGUGGUGUCCCUUCGGACGUAAGCUAGUGCCUUACUGGAACUACGGAGCACUGGGAUCGUUCAGCCACGUCCAUCUGGCAACAUUCUUCGACAUCGACGAAGACGGGCUCAUGGACAUCCUGCUUGUGAACGGUUCGACCGACGCGCCGCGAAUACAUGCGCUGAAGAGCCAGUUCAGCGACGACGCUUGCUUCAUCAAGGUUCUGACGGUCAGCGGGCUGUGCUACAGGGACUGUCCAACGGGACAGAUAGCUUACGGCACCAACCAACCGGGCCCGACCGUGCGCUAUCGCACCACUAAGUCUGACGGGUUUCCGCAGGAAGGCUGCAUGGGUCAACUGUCGCAAUCUGCACACUUUUCGCUCCAACUCCCCUACGUGCUCUUCGGACUGGGCCAGUCGCCAAACUUUGUGGACGUCCUGCUGGUUGCGCUUCCUUCCAACUCCAGCUUGAGCCAUCCCAGCAUCCAUCACCAGUGGACGCAGAUCAUUCCAAACUCUCAGAUGGUGGUCAUCCCUUAUCCCAAGGAUUCUGCCCAGAAGUGGGUCAACAAGCUCUUUGUCACCCCAGGGAGACAGGUGUUAAUGACGUUUGUAGCCCUGGCAGGCACAUGCGUCAUCUGUGCCCUCAUCAUCUGCGGAUUCCAUUGGGUCGAAAGGAGGGAAGACCGCCGUGUGAAGCAUCAGGAGAGGCAGCAGUUUCACUUUGAUGCAAUGUGAUUUGCAAUCUCUCACCGCUUUUACCACCUUAUUGAUUCUGUCCUCACGCAUCCUUGCUUCGAGCAGGUGGAAUGAUUUUUUGUUAUUUAUUGCACUGAUGCACUGUAUAGUCACUUAUCUAAAGUGGCAUCGCCUUAGAAUGGAACGUUAUUGUGAAUGGAAAUACAUUUAUUACACAGAAAC